AUGGCAGCUCUCCGAAUAAGACCGAUAGACCCCAAAGAAAAGCAAUCGAGGUUUCAACGUCAAGUCAUCACAACAUCCUCGUCUACCCCAAAUCAGGUGAUCGUGCAAGGAGAGAAGAAGCAAACAUUUAACUAUGACUAUGUGUUUGGUCCUGAGGCUGAACAGCAAGAAGUCUAUCAGAAUGCGGUGGAGAAAUUGGUUGAUCAGUUUUUGGAGGGAUACAAUGUAACGAUUUUAGCCUAUGGUCAAACUUCAUCCGGGAAAACCCACACUAUGGGCACCUCUCACAACUCCUCAAUUCCAUCAGAACAAAAAGGCAUCAUCCCUCGUGCGAUGUCCACGCUAUUUUCCAUAAUGAACUCACCACAAUUCAAAUCGCGAAAAUUUGCCAUCAAGGUUUCGUUUAUUGAGAUCUAUAACGAGGAGUUAAUCGACCUGCUGGCCGACUAUUUACCGGGAACUGAUAAUUGUAAGCCACAGGUCACCAUCAGGGAAGAUUCAAAGGGAAACAUCCUUUGGAGUGGCUUACAAGAGAUUAGAGUUAAUGGCGUUGAUGAGCUUAUGAGUCAUCUCGCUCGCGGGUCAUUAAACCGUCAAGUCGGGGCCACGGACAUGAACGAACAGUCCUCUCGUUCGCAUGCGAUUUUCUCCGUGACGAUGUCACAACAAAAGUCUAAUGGCUCUACUAAUUCAGGUUUAAACUCACCGGUCAACUCAAACUCUUCGAAUAAUGGAUCAGAUAGUAGACCGUCGACACCUUCAAAAAUCAUGAGAUCAAAUUCGAGGGCGACGUUGAGAGCGAGCAGGAGAUUCGAGGAAGGAGAGUCAAUUUCGAUCACUAGUAAAUUUCAUUUCGUGGAUUUGGCUGGCAGUGAAAGGUUAAAACGUACAUCGGCAAUUGGUGAACGUGUCAAAGAAGGCAUUUCAAUUAACGCUGGUCUUCUUGCACUCGGAAAUGUCAUCUCGGCGUUGGGAGACCCCACAAAGGCAAGACAUACCACUCACAUUCCUUACCGAGAUUCCAAACUCACCCGCCUCCUUCAAGAUUCAUUAGGCGGGAACGCACAAACCCUUAUGAUAGCGUGUGUGUCGCCUACUGAAUGUAAUCUUAACGAGACCAUUAACACGCUAAAGUAUGCUAACCGUGCGAGAAACAUCAAAAACACUGUGACCGUAAAUAGCGAAGAAGUAGGGUGGAAUGACUUGGAGCAUUUACAGAUGCUGGUGUUGAAACUGAGAACUGAGAUUAAAGCGUUGAGAAACAACGGGGGUAAUAAUGAAGCCAGCAACGGUGCAAGUCAUAUUAGCAGUAGUAACGGAAGUGGGAGAAGUACUCCAACUCACAUGAAUGGUGGUAACAACGGAAGUGGAAGAAGUACUCCAACAUAUAUGUAUGGUGGACCUGGUUACGGGCCUCCAAAGAGGUUAUCAAACUCUUCGCUCAGUAUCGUCACGGAUGCUAACGGAGACACCACCUACUCUGUUAAUUCACCAAACGUUUUACCCGCAUCCGCAUUACAAAGUCAGUCCAAUAAAGAUAUCGAACUUUUAGAAGAACAACUAAUGGAGUUGCAAAGAUCGUAUUCCGAACUUUCGCAAAAAUAUGCAAAAACUACCGCCGAACUUGCCAUGCAUCAGGAAAAUGCUGAUGGCGUUUCCUCUCGAGGUUCAUCAGAUGGAUCUACACACAGUCAAUCCUCAUCAAUCUCAUCGGAUCAGCCUCUCACUCAACUCGAAUCCAUCACCGAAGAAGAUGAAGAACACAAUAAAGAUCAAAGUCCCUUUUUCUUAUCAGAGGAGUUUCAAAAAGCUGUCGAGCCGGUUAUAGAAGAAUAUGAAAAGUCCAUAUCAAACCUCGAGUCGCAACUCGCCCUAAAUCGUGCAGCAAUCUAUCACACAGAGACAUUGAUGCAAGAACAAGAACUUAAACUCGAAUACGCCGAGAAAAUAAAUGAGCAGAAUGUUAGUCUGAUCAAUGACCUUCGUAACAAAAUCUCAGAGUACUGUAACAAGGAAUCCGUUUCAGAAGCAUACAUUAGAGGGCUCGAGACGAAGCUGGAAAAGUAUGUCGAAGAGCAGGAACGAGAUCAAGGAAUGAUAAAGGAGCUGAAGACCAAAAUCAUGCAAAUGAAGACCAAUGAAGAGAAUAGCAACGGUUACAUUAGGGAUGUGGAAAGUCGGCUAGAGACCAGUGAUCAGAAAGUGGAAAAAUUCGAAAAAAUAGUGCAAAGGUUAGAAGAGCGAUUGGUUCAGCGUGAUUCAGAGUUUGCGAAAUUAGAGGCGAGGAUGAGGUUAUCUGCUGAAGAAGAACGAAAAGCAUUAAAUGAGGAAAUUGAAAGUAGAGAUGCUAGGAUUAUGAAGUUGGAAGAGAGGGUCGACGAACUUGUAAGUGAGUUGAACUCGCUAAGGAGAAUUCAAAAACGGGCGAGCAUCGUCGUAAAUGAAAGAUCGUUAAAAGAAUCAUCUUUGGGUGAAUCAAGUUCUCCUCGGUCAGUGAUGCCUGACUCUUCGACGGCUGAAAAUAUGGCAACGAUUGCCCUUGAGUCGAAACUGUUAAGCCUACAAAAGACUCACGCGAAAACAGUGAGUGAAGUAUCCGAGAUAAAAACAAAAUACGAAGAAUGUUUGUAUGAGAUUCACGAAUUACAAUCCCAACUUACAGAAGCUCGACUUUGUGAUUCUGAAUCAUUUGAUGGCAACACAUCUUCUGCACCCACUACCCCGUUAACACCAAUGUCUCCAACACUUCCCCAAUGUAAACCGAGAAUACACAGUUUAAUUUGCAAUAAUAGUUUAAAUUCUCUUAGGAUGUCGCUUCCUGCAGCCCUUAAAUCUAAUGAAAACACUGAAUCACCACUAAUUCUUAGCAAGAAUGUUGCAUUAACUUCAUUAAAAAAAUCCUCUCAUCGGCGCGCAAAGUCUCUAACGCCCGAGAUUCGUGACAAAGAAAAGCGUGAUUUGGCGCAUAUGACAAUUGUCCAGAUGCUACAAAAGGAAAUGAAGCAAUUAGAACUGAUGCAUGAGGAGAAAUCACAAGGAUUGGAUGAGAUCAAAAAAGAGUUUGCGAAGUUAGAGUGCAAUCACCGUGAAACUCUGGAAAUCGUUGAAGAAUUAAGAGAAGAAAUUAAAAGACGUGAUGCUAUCGCACAAUUGGAGGUAACCUCUGUUAUUAGUGCGGACUACACUGACAGAGGAUUUUCUGUAACCGCAAGUGAGUUAGAUGAACACGAGAUCAUAUCGAGGCUAAGAGAGGAAUUGGAACGUUUGAGAGAAGAGCAAAGGAGGACCCUGGAGAUCAUUGAACAGAAAAAAGAGGGAAGCAAAAAUUCUGAGUUACACAUCGAAAAGAUUGAAGCCGAUUUAAGAGACCUAAGAGAGAAAGUUUCUCUGGACGAGAAAUCUGAGGAAUAUGAUAGUGAAAUACAAGCAACUAAGAUACUGAUCGAGAAAUUGCAAACAGAAAUUGAAGCUAAAAGUCAUACUCUCGCCGCGCUUUUACUUCCCUCUGUCGAACACCAAGAUAAAAUAAAAAGACUUGAAGAUGAGCUGCAAGAAGCUCGACAAACUUAUCGUCUCGUGAUUGAUGAAAAGAUCGGUAAAUUGACCUCAACUGUGGAGGCUAAUUCCAAGGAAGAACCGUCGAACGAUUCUGACGUCAGUGGAAGCCCAUCGGUCACUUCAGUGAAAGUUGAGGAGUUGCGUGAUGAACACGAGAAUAAGGUAAAAUUCUUGGAAGAAAGGGUGAAGAACCUCGAACUUCAGUUGCUGGAAGCAAAAGAGGAACAGAAAAAUGCGAUUCCAAAAAGCUUAUGUGUAAUCGAACCGACUCAAAAGACUAUUGAAAUGCUCGAAGAAAAUUUAUCGGCACUCCAGAAGGAACUGCUAGCCAAAUCCGAAACCAUCGAAAACUUAAAGAGUGAAUCAGAACUGGUUGCUGGACUAAAGACUGAGGUCGAGUUCCUGAAAUCAGACAUCAAAAGUAAAGGUGAACUCAUUGAAGCCUUGAAGAGGGAUCUGGCUGACAAGAGUAACAUACAACAAAAAAUUAAUGAAAAAGAGGCUGAGGCGACUGCGCUGAAGGCACAGCUUUCAGAAUUAAAGAAACGUGAUGAAGAAAUGGAAAGACAGGUUCAAGAGCUUCGAAUAGAACUGGAAAAUCAAGAUGUUAUCAAGGGCACAAACAAUGAACUUCAAUCGGAAUUGGAAGUCGUCAAACAACAACUUAAAGUUGUUAAGGACAAAGAAACUUUUGCAUUGGAACGAUUAAGAAUAUUAGACGCUGAGGAGAUUAAACUGCAACAAGAAAUAAGAAGACUAAAUGAUCUCGAGGUCACGCAGAACGAAAGAAUAAAUGAGUUAGAAGCUCACUUGCUGCAACAGGAUGAACUUGCGAAGGAUUUUGAUGGUCUGCAAAACGAAUUAGCUUUGGCCAAAGAAUCAAAAUCUUUGCAACAAAAAAAGAUUGCGGAACUCGAGUCUCAACUUGAAAAUUCGCAACGUGAACAUGAAUCUUUGGAAAACAUGAUCAACGAUUUUAAGUUUAAAGUAUCGGAGCAACGUAAGCAAAUCCAACUUGCGGAAAUGCAGAUAAGCAAUGAUUCAAACAAUAACGCAAAAGCGAUCGAGGCGUUGAAUGUUGAGAUCGAAAAGAUGCGCGAACAAGAAUCCGAACAAUGUAAAAAAAUCGAAAAGCUCGAAGGUCAACUGGAAGAAGUUCAACAAAGAGAGAAUUCUAAAAUUAGUUCCAUCAAAGAAGAAUUAUCGACUCUGGAAAGUGCUAAAUCGGAACUUGUAAAAACUGUUGAGGAGUUGGAGAAGCAACUUUCCGAGGCCAAAAAAGAAUUGGAAAAGUCAGAAACAAUCAGGGACGAGAUUAAAUUGUUAAAAGAGUUGGAAUUGGAACAGAAGAAAACAAUUGAUUAUUUGAAAUCUCAACUAGAUGAAACGGUUAAAGAAAAAGAAUUGGUUCUUAAAGAAGUGGAGAUUUUGCGAAAAGAUUUUGGAUUGCAAAGAGAACUUGUUAUCGUACUUGAAGAGGAGUUGAACCUGAUUAAGGAAGAACUGAACAGGUCAAGGAAAGAAAAUCAAGAAUCAGAAAAGAAGAUUGAAGAAUUAUCGAAGAUAAUGAAGGAAACUUUGAGGCAGCGUGAAGAAGAAGAGAGUAAGACAAAAGCUUUAGAAGAGCAAAUUUUAGAAAUGAAAACGACAAACAAGUCUAAUGACGUAAAUCUAUCCAAGCUUCAACGAGAAUUAUCGGAUGCCAAAGACCAUAAGGAAAUUCAAAACGAACUUUUAGCGAAACUUAACAGUCAGAUUAUUGUUCUGGAGAAUGAAAGAGACAAACAACUUGAACGCGAAAAAGAAUUGACUAAUGCGCUUGAAGCAAAGGAGAUAGAGCAAAGGGAAGCUGUCGAGGCCCUCGAAUCGAUAAUCAGUGGCCUCAGGGAUCAACUCGAUGAGGUCAAGAAUUCUUCCCAAAUGGACAUGGAAACCAUAUCUGAUCUCGGAAAUAAGCUCGCGGCCGUCGGAUCUCAGUUAGACGAAUCAAGGUCAUUGGAAGAAUCGCAAUCUCAAAUAGUGAUUGAGCUUGAGGUUAAAUUAAAAGAGACCAACGCUGCAAUAAUUGAAAAAGAGGAGUUGCUUAUGUCCAAAGAUGCUCUUCUUAAAGAAUUACAAGCAAACGCCGAAAAAGCAAAGAUUCAACUUGAUAAAGCCAAAGUCUCAGAAGCAAUGGAAUCCGAUCGCGCAAAAAAACUUGAGGUACAACUUUACGGAAUUCAAUCAAGGUUACACGAUCUAUCUCCCACGGAAUAUGAAGAGGCCAAACCAACAAAAUUCGUAAUGGAAGUAGAAUUCAAGUUAGUAACCUCGGACAACAUUGAAGAGUUGAAAUCGGUGCUCGUCGAAAUAAAAACAGAACUUGAAAAGGCUAGAGCAGCCGAAGCGGAACAAGCCGAGAUCAUUAAAACUUUGGAAUUACAACUUCAAGAAGCGGAUAGAUGUCGAGAUGAGGAAAUUUCUAAAGUGAAUUCUGCUACGCUCGAAGUCGAAAGACUUAAGGAGCAGUGCAAGAAUUUACGACUCGAGCUCGACGAUGCUCAUAAGGAUUCUUUGAUUGCAGGUUUCCAAAAAGUUGACGUUUCGAUAGUUGAAGACCUCUCGAAACAAUUGAAGAAAGCGAAUAGGGAAGUUAAACAUCAACGUGAACGCGUCGAUGAACUAGAAAAGAUUACUAAACAACUUGAAUCUGAGAAAAAAGACAAAGAAAAGCAAAAUGAAAAUCUUUUGCAACAAAUUGAAGAACUCCAAAAAAAAAUCGAAUCAAUAAUUGAUGAAUCCUCCGAUUCCAUUGAUACUGAUGCAAUAUCUUCAAUUCGUUCUUCGAUAAGUGAAUCUGCUACUAGUCCAGCUUUUUCGAAACUGACAGCGGCGAAUGAAAGUUUACGCAAAACAAAUGAAACCUUAAAUCUCAAGAUUCUUCAGGCUCAGUCCAGAAUGACCGUUCUGACUCAAAGAAUAAUGAGUUUAGAACAUGAUCUUAAGAAUCUCCAAUUUGUUAGCAAGGAAGAUCUUGAUGAAAAUUCAGUCUUACAAUUUAAAGAAAAAAUUGCGGAUCUCGAAGCUGAAAAAGAAGGAUUGGCACAGGCCAACGCAAAUUUCUCCGAAGAACGCAAGAAGUUUAAUCAAAAAAUAGAAUCACUAUUAGAGCAAUUAGCACUGUCUGGUAAAGGUGGAAAUAGCACGGCUGCACAGUUUUCCGAAUUAAAUGGAAAAGUCCUUGAGUUAGAGAAUGAAAUUUCCGAUCUAAAGCAAAAAUCUAUGGCGGAAAAUCAAGAAAUGACAAAAGAGAUUGCAAGAUUGUUAGAGAUUAAUGAAAAACUCGAAGGGGAAAAGAAAAAGGUUGGAGAAAAACCCCUUGAAGGUCCAAUUUCAAGAAUCGAACCAGUACGCACUCAAGGUUCAGAUGAUCUAAUGCACGCGAAACUUUUAUCCCAAGAAAGCACUAUAAUACAACAAAGCAAUCUCAUCAAGGCCCUUCAAGAGAAGAUAAUAGAGCUCGAACUUCGUGGCGAUGCGGACUUGAUAAAUGAGUUGAAUCUUUCUAAUGGUGGAAUGUAUGUCACAGACCUUGAAGCGGUUGGUGGCUUCCGUGCUUCCGAAGCGACAAAGAAGAAACGAUCAGGAGUUUCGGCAAUAAACUUACCGAUGACACCUCCGUCCACACCACCACCAAGUUUACCCUUACCAUCCCUGCCAGCAUCGAUUGGUUCUAACUCAGGUUCACGAUCAUCAACGCCUGGAUGCGUUUCGCCACCUCCACGAAGUAAUUCUGCAUCAAGACCCGGUUCAAGGACAGGCUUUGUAGAUCUUGCAAAUGCUUCUGCUGUGGAACUUUCAGUAGAAAUUCACAAGCUGCAUCGAAAAAUUUCUAAAAUGGAAGAGGAAAAUCUCGAAAAUCGACAACAAGUCGAGACCCUGGAAACUUCACUUUCAGAAAAUGAAACGAAUCUUCGCGUGGCCAAACAACAGUUACAAAUCUUGCAACGCGAAAAAACGGAAUUGCUGGAUCAGAUCAAACGUCUAAGGUCGCAGUUAGAUGAGACUACCACUCAAUUUGAAAAUGCAAAAUCGUCCGUACAAGAAGAAAAGAAAGUCAUAGAAACAGUGCUGGAGGAAGAAAGAAGGGCUAAAGAGAGCGCCGAAAAAGCCAGAAGACAACUUGAAAAUCGUAUGGAAGAACUUAUAGCAAGGAAAAGCAAGUUUAUGUGCUUUUAA